CGCGCCGCUUCCGGCUUCCGCACGGCCGCCGGAGCCAGACAGUGAAAAAUGCCUAAGAAGAAGACUGGUGCUCGUAAGAAGGCCGAGAACCGUCGGGAACGGGAGAAGCAGAUAAGAGCUUCAAGAGCCAACAUAGAUUUAGCCAAACAUCCUUGCAAUGCUUCAAUGGAAUGUGAUAAGUGCCAGCGGCGACAGAAGAAUAGAGCUUUUUGCUACUUCUGUAACUCUGUUCAGAAGUUACCCAUUUGUGCACAAUGUGGUAAAACCAAAUGCAUGAUGAAGUCUUCAGACUGUGUUAUAAAACAUGCUGGGGUGUACAGUACUGGACUAGCAAUGGUGGGUGCAAUCUGUGAUUUCUGUGAAGCCUGGGUGUGCCAUGGGAGGAAGUGUCUGAGCACACAUGCCUGUAUCUGCCCUCUUGCAGAUGCAGAAUGUAUUGAGUGUGAAAGAAGUGUCUGGGACCACGGAGGUAGAAUAUUUGCCUGCUCUUUUUGCCACAAUUUCCUCUGUGAAGAUGAUCAGUUUGAACAUCAAGCCAGCUGCCAAGUUCUGGAAGCAGAGACAUUUAAAUGUGUUUCCUGUAAUAGGCUUGGGCAGCAUUCAUGCCUGCGCUGUAAGGCUUGUUUUUGUGAUGAUCACGUGCGAAGUAAGGUUUUCAAGCAGGAGAAAGGAAAAGAGCCUCCCUGCCCUAAAUGUGGCCACGAAACUCAGCAGACAAAGGAUCUGAGCAUGUCAACACGUUCUUUGAAGUUUGGCCGACAGACUGGAGGUGAAGAUGGAGAUGGAGCUUCUGGUUAUGAUGCCUACUGGAAGAGUCUCUCCUCCAGCAAGGCUGAAGAUGCAGGUGACCGUGAGGAUGAAUGUGAUGCAUAUGAAGAUGAUGAUGAAGAUGACAACGACGAAGGAGGAAAGGAUUCUGACACUGAGCCCACAGAUGUAUUCAGCAAUUUGAAUUUAGGAAGGACCUAUGCUAGUGGAUAUGCACACUAUGAGGAGCCAGAAGAUUAAGCCUAGUAUGCUGGCAAGCUAGAAAUGCUUGGAAGGAGCUAAGCAGUGCUUCACUUGAGCUGUGUACAUGCCAGUAGGAUAGGUCUAUCAGGUACUUACAUAUCAGAGUUAGCGAGUAAAGAGUAUGGGACUCCUGCAGUAACUCCAGGUGACAUUUGUUUUCUUUGGUAUAAACCAAUAUUGGGUUUGGGACUAGGGGAGAAAAUGGGAAUAUUCUUAUUCCCCUAAGCAACAGAAAUGGUUUUGUCCUUGAGUUACUGAUUAUAAUGGAUCAAUACCAUUUUCUCCUAUCAAUACAGGAAUAGGGGAGAUCUGUACAACUGGUUUCUAUUUGCUCAUCAGAAAUUAAGUUAUUUUUUACAAUAAUUUUUGUUAAUUGGUAUCAUAAUGUAGUGGUGGGUUGGUGACUGUAUUUUGUUUGGUCUGCACAAUAAAAGUCAGCUGUAUUCUCUAAAGAAUUGUCAUAAAUACUGGUCUCCCCUGAAGGCUUGGGAAGCAAGUUGUAUACAAAGUGUAAAUUGACACUAAAAUAACUUCUUUUAUGCAGGUAAGGGAGAUCAGUGUAGUUGUACUUGGACAUUACCUUUCCAACAUUUUUAGUGGUAGAUAGCAAACAAUGAGGCUCUCUACAGUCGGUACAGGGGCACC